GCGCCUCCAGGGCCGCAGGGGGAGUCGCGGGCGCGCUCGGAGGGACGCGGCGGCAUGGGCCGGGGGCCCUGGGGCGCGGGUCGCCCGCCAGCCUGCCUGGUGCAGCUGCUGCUGCUGCUCUGCCUGGCCCGCGGCACUACUGGAGCGGCGAGCGCCCCCGGUAUUGAUGUCUGUGCCACUUGCCACGAACAUGCUACUUGCCAGCAAAGAGAAGGGAAGAAGAUCUGCAUUUGUAACUAUGGCUUUGCGGGCAAUGGGAUGACUACCUGUGUUGAUAAAGACGAGUGCCAGUUUGGAGCCCCGGUGGUCUGUGGGAGACACACGUCUUGCUAUAACACCCUGGGAGGCUUCUACUGCGUUUGUCUGGAAGGCUAUCGAGCCACCAACAACAACGAGACCUUCAUUCCCAAUGAUGGCACCUUCUGCACAGACAUAAAUGAGUGUGAAGUUUCCGGCGUGUGCCGGCAUGGAGGACGAUGUGUCAACACUCCCGGGAGCUUCGAAUGCUACUGUAAGGAUGGAUACUUGCCCAAGAAUGGACCUGAGCCUUUCCACCCGGCCACGGAUGCCACGGCAUGCACAGAAAUAGACUGUGGCACCCCUCCUGGUGUCCCACAUGGCUACAUCAUAGGAAAUUAUACCUCUAGGCUGGGCAGCCAGGUCCGAUAUGGUUGCAAAGAAGGAUUUUUCAGUGUUCCAGAACAUACAGUUUCAAACUGCACAGCCCUGGGCACGUGGGAGUCCCCAAAAUUAUAUUGCCAAGAGAUCGACUGUGGCAGCCCUCCGGAAGUGCGGAAUGCCAUCUUGGUGGGGAAUCCCAGGUCCAGCCUGGGUGGUGUAGCUCACUAUGUCUGCCAAGAGGGCUUUGAGAGCCCUGCAGGAAAGAUCACUUCUGUUUGCACAUCGAAAGGCACUUGGAGAGAAAGCACUUUCACCUGUACAGAAAAGCCCACAGAGAUUAAUGAAGUGUCAGUGUUUAAUAACACUUGUGUGAGGUGGCAAACGAGCUCAGGAAGAGUAAACUCAGAGAUCGUGUACGUGAUACACAUAAAAGGGCAACGGCUGGACCCUGUGGGAUCAGUUCAUGAGGAGAUAGUCAACUUGACUACAGACAGCAGGACCCCAGAGACGUGCCUUGACCUGUACCAAGGCACCAACUACACCGUGAGCAUUUCCACAGCCCCUCCCAGGCGCUCUGUGCCUGCCAUCCUUGGUUUCCAGACAGCUGAAGAUGAUCUCUUAGAAGAUGAUGGAAUUUUCAAUAUUUCAGUAUUUAAUGAAACUUGUUUGAAAUUGAACAGGCAUUCUAGGAAAGUUGGAUCAGAAAGAAUGUACCAAUUUAAAGUUCUGGGUCAACGAUGGUAUCUGGAUAACUUUUAUCACACAACAUCUUUUAACCUCACAACGAAGGAACGAGUUCUGGAAGUGUGUUUGGAUUUGUACCCGGCAACCCAGUAUACAGUGAAUAUCACCCUCCUGAGCUCUCCUGAGCAGCACUCAGUACAGAUAAUGAUAACAACUGCACCAACAGAAAAACAGAUCAUCAGUAAUAUUUCAAUAUUUAACGACACCUGUGUGAGAUGGAGAAGUUUGAAGACAGAUGAUGCAGAAGAGAUGUAUUUAUUUCGCAUUUGGGGCCAGAGAUGGUAUCAGAAGGAAUUUUCUCAGGAAAUGAUCUUUAAUACCACUACCAGCAGCCAAGCUCCUGAGAUGUGCCUGGACCUGUAUCCAGGUACCAACUACAAUGUCAGCCUCUGGGCUUUGUCUUCAGAACUUCCUGUGGUCAUCUCCCUGACAACGCAGAUAGCAGAGCCUCCACUUCCAGAAGUAGAGUUUUUCAUGGUGCAUGGAGGGCCUCUGCCGCGCCUCAGACUGAGGAAAGUCAAAGAUAAAAAUGGACCUAUCAGUACUUAUCAGGUGGUGGUGCUUCCUCUGGCUCUCCAAAACACAUUUUCUUGUGAUUCCGAAGGUGCUACCUUGUUCUUUAACAACACCUCUGAUGCUGAUGGAUAUGUGGCUGCAGAACUGCUGGCCAGAGAUGUUGCAGAUGAUACCAUGGAUAUUUCUAUUGGAGACAGGCUAUACUAUGGCAAAUAUUAUAAUGCACCCUUGAAAAUAGGGAACGAUUACUGCAUUAUAUUACGAAUCACAAGUGAAUGGAAUAAGGUGAGAAGAUACUCCUGUGCAGUUUGGGCUCAGGUGAAAGAUUCGUCACUCACACUGCAGCAGAUGGUGGGUGUUGGACUGGGCUCCGUAGCUUUUGUGAUCCUUCUCGCAUUCCUCUCCUUCUCAGCAGUGUGAUCGCAGAUGGGUGCUCCAUGGAAUCGAUGCCCUGCUGCUGGGGCAGAUGUUCUACCUGCUUCUCAGGUGUCUGCAUGAAGGCCCUGUGUGGCUUCCACCCAGACGGGUGUGUGGACCUGCACCUUUCUCCAUUCCUGGAUUCACUGUGGUGGCUAUCUCUGUGGAAUCCCCCAAAGGGAGAAAACUCAGGAACUGUUGAUGUCUCUCCUGCUUCAGGACCAGUUCUGUGUCUAUGAACUUGAGACCCUUGAUGUCCAAUGCCAUAUUGAUCACAGGCUACAGAUCAUGAGAGUCUGGUCUGAGUGAUGCCUGUGAGUCAGUUUCUAUAGACACUGGAUGCAAGAGAGUCUCUGUACUCUCCUUUACAGCAUUGCUUAAUUAAUUCAGAAGAGAUAUAUGUAUAUAUAUUUUUACAGUAUGUAACGAGAUAGGGCUUACAUUUGGGCUAGAAUUUGACUUUACAAAGGAGGUCAUAGAGAGGGAUGGAGAAUAUUGACAUGGGCAUAUGUUUUAAGCACUGAAGAAUCAGCUCUUUUUCCAAUUAAUUGAUAUAUACUAACUACAAAAUAUAUUAGCCUCCCCAAUCCAGGAAGUUUCCUGCAAUAUCUGACAGCAUUUCUUUGAUACAAUUCCAGUUGUCCUGUAUGUGCUCAAAAAGUAAUAUCUAUGUUCCAGUGAAAAUAUUCUGUAAUUUAGGUUAUUUUCCCCUAGUUAAAUUUUUUUUUUAAAUUACAGAGCAUUUCAUAAACAUGCCUCCCUUUAGAGUCUGGUUCUGGUGGUAGUGUAGUAAGAACAGGUUGAUGCACUAUCAAGCCCUUGGCCAGCAGAGUCCAGGAAUGGAGGGGACAGCAGGGAAUGUGCCUUAUCUACAGCCUCAGUAGCCAUGACAGUUACUGUGUUGUGGACCAUGAAACAUUACAUAUUAGCAGUCCUAGACCUAUUGGGAGGGUGCUGAAUUUACAGAUGGAACAUGGUAGAUUUAAUUUUAAAGUUUGCAUCAAUAUUCUUUAGCUUUCUUCCUUGAGUUAUCAGGUAACUCAACUCCAAGGCUCAGUAAGAAAUAAGUGGAGAAGAAAUAGAGGCUUGUGGAUUCUCCCUCCCUUGCUAUUCCUGGAGAAUGAAUAGCAUGGAUGACAGUUACAUUGCACAAUCACAGGGUGGACCAUACAGAAUUGUGUCUCUGGAAUUGUGCUCCAUUUUGGUCCUGAGGAAAAGGGACAGUUUUUCCAAUGUAGAGGCUGGGGUGACCUCUACAGAAUUGGUGGGUAAAUCUGAGUGGCUUGGUGUUAUGGUUUGGGUAUGGUUGGUCCCCACCAAAAUUCAGGUUGAAAUGUGAUUGCUAUUUGUGGUGGUGUUGGAAGGGAUGAGAUCUUUAAGAGCUGAUUAGAUCAUUAAGA